AUGACAAUGGCACCCCACAUUCAGACGGAGCAGCUUCACCCCGUUUUCGGGGCUUCGGUGUCGGGAGUAGAUUUCUCCAAACCGGUCUCUGAAGAAGUGCAACUAGAGAUUCAGAAAGCCCUGCAUCAGGUGAACAAGUCAUCUUCCUAUGGGGUUCUUGUGUUUCGGGACACGGCACUUGACGACCAGAAGCAUGUCGAUUUUGCCAAAAUGUUUGGUGCUAUCGACAAGUUGAACAUUCCACCUGGCAGCGGCAUCAAAGCCCGUUUCGAGACGGAUGAGUUGCAGGAUCAAGGAAACCUGGGCCUGGACGGUACAGUUCUUCCUGACGAGUCUCCAAAGGCACACUUCAACAAGGUAUGGGAGCCAUACACACAAAGAAAAUCUCGCACUCUACUCACUUUUUUGCCAACUCGACAGGGCAAUUUGUUGUUCCACGUAGACAAUAGCUAUCACCCCCAGCGGGUUAAAUACUCCAUGCUCCGCGCCGUCGACCUCCCGCCCCAAGGGACGGGCGGAAACACCGAGUUCGUGGAUGUGCGCCAGGCAUGGGACGAUUUACCGGAGCCGUGGAAGCAGGAGCUCCAAGCAAACGGUUAUCGAGUGAGGCACUCCAUGUGGCACUCCCGCAAGCUCGCCUCGCCCGAUUUCUUUGCGCGGCUCGAUGCCACCAACUAUCCGUCCUCUCUCCGGAACCUGGUCCAGAAGCACCCCGACACCGGGCGAACCCACCUGUACAUUGCCUCGCACUGCUUCGACAUCGAGGGUUUGUCGACGGCCGAGUCGAAGGAAAAGCUCGACUUCCUAAUGAACCAUGCCACGAAGGACAAGUAUAUUCUCUCCCUUCCCUGGCUCAACAAAGGCGACAUGAUGGUCUGGGAUAACCGUUGCGUGAUGCACCGUGGGCAGCCUCUUUCGGGAUCGCACAAGCGAGACUUGCGUCGGGCUACGAUCCUCGACGAGGGCCCGGAGGCGUACAGUUUCGACGCAAAGACAUAUGAUUACAUGAAGUUUUGGUCCGCUGCUUUCCAUGUCAUGCAGCAGUAUGACACUGGAGUCCAGGAGGCGGCAAAGAAGCAGCUUGGUCUUGCGGGAAAGGACGUUGCUGGCCUGGAGAAGGCCAUACCUACAGUGUAG